UGGGCCGUGACAGGCAGAGGAGACCGAGGGAGAGCAGGAUAUGCAGUAUGGCCAAAUGCUUAGUCAAGAUCCAGACUCGACGAAGCCUCCACCUGCACAUGGUGAACCACUGCAGCAGUAAUGUGUUUGUCCGUCUGCUGAGACACAGCUCCAAGGUCACAGCUAAGAAUGCAGGUAUUCCACUGCCUAAAGAGGACGACAUUUCUGCCCCCUUGGUCUCCAGCUCACCAGUGAAGGAAGUCCAGGAGUAUGAAGAUGCCCCAAGUGAAGAGGAAGAUAAACUAAAAGAAGAACCUUUAACCAUCUCUGAACUCACGUACAACCCAAGUGCCAGCCUGCUCCCCACUCCCGUUGAUGAUGAUGAGAUUGACAUGCUCUUUGAUUGUCCAUCUAGGCUUGAGUUGGAGCGAGAAGACACAGAUUCAUUUGAGGAACUGGAAGCAGAUGAAAAUGCCUUUUUGAUUGCUGAAGAAGAGGAGCUGAAGGAGGCUCGCAGAGCUUUAUCGUGGAGCUAUGACAUUCUGACCGGCCAUAUUCGGGUGAACCCACUGGUCAAGAGUUUUUCCAGGCUCCUUGUGGUGGGCCUGGGACUGCUGCUCUUUGUAUUUCCCCUGCUCCUCCUGCUUUUGGAGUCAGGUAUUGAUCUCUCCUUCUUAGUGAAAUCCGCCAGACACCCGAGUUUGAGCAGUUUCACUAUGAAUACUACUGUCCCCUCAAGGAGUGGGUGGCUGGGAAAGUCAGCCUCUUCCUCUAUAUGCUGGGUUGCUCAUGAAGUUAACAUCUGGUGUAACUAAGGGCUAUAUUCAAUACUAGU